ACCCGGUUCGAUGUUCCUACUUUAGGGCAGCCUCGGAUAUCUCAAUACCGCCAUCCUGUUGUUGUAAAAUCGGCAUUUUUUUUAUGUUCGAACAAGACGUACCUUUCCAAAACCUGGAACGACAAGAUAAUACUUAAGAUCACGACAUAGCAAGUAUAGGAACUUUUAAAGUAUACGACUUUAAUUGCGACAUAUUUGGGACCAUUUUCCGGAGCCUGGAUGCUUUCAUAGCUGACAUUUCAUUCGGGAUUUAGACCGAAAAUAUUUUAUUAUCUUUGAGCAUUUUACAUACAACCACCAAACCUUUAAUUCCUGCAGGAAUAGGUUUACGAAGAAACAUUGUAGCCUACCCCGUCUAAACGGCACCAGUUCUAGAACCAGAACCAGUUCCAGAACCAAUUCUAGAACCAGAACCAGUUCCAGAACCAAUUCUAGAACCAGAACCAGUUCCAGAACCAGUUUCAGAGAUACAUCUCUUCAAUUUGGAUCAGUAAACAUGAUUGGACUGAAGUACAAUGUGUCUCUACCCAUGGCUGCAGGGGCCCUGUUAGUGGGCAUCCCCUACUCCAUCUCUCUCGUGGCCCAGUGGAUGUAUGGCUGGCCGAACAAGCCUGGCUAUAAAAAGUAUAUUGAGGCGCUGAAGCCAAGGAGGAUAUACUGUCUGACUAGAGCUGUGCUGGAGAUGCUGAAAUACUUCCAGUACGGAAAACUCUACUUCCAGUGGAAGUCCUGGUACAAGAAUGUAGAAAACCACAAGCAUUAUGAAAAGGGCAUCACGUUUGGUCGUCGUAGCAACCGGCUGGACUUGUACUAUUCUCCCACAGUGGCCCAGCCAGGCAGUGAGCAGGUGCCCGUGGUAGUGUUUAUAUACGGGGGAGGCUGGGGUUCAGGGGAGAGGUCCAUAUACUGUCUACUGGCCAUGCAGAUGGCUAAGGAGCUCAGCGCAACGGUGAUCUGUCCGGACUAUUCCACCUACCCGAAGGGUAAUGUUUUGUGUAUGGUUCAAGAUAUCGCCGACUGUCUCGUUUGGGCGAGGGAGAACGGCCAUAAGUUCAACUUUGACAAAGAUAACAUUGUGUUAAUCGGUCACUCCGCUGGGGCUCACCUAGCAGCUCUAACCGUGCUGUUCAUGGUCGAGGGACGAGACGAGCUCUUUAUAGAAGCCAAGAAGCAGACAGAGAUCACCAUGGCAAUCAGAGGAGUUACAGGUUUAAGUGGAGUGUACAACAUCGUGGACCACUACGAGCAUGAACAGAUGAGAGCUGUGGAGUAUGUCUCUACGAUGCACAAAGCCAUGAAUGGACUGGAGAACUUCCCUUAUUAUUCACCCACACACCUACUGAAGAAAUUCAGCGAGGAGCAACUGAAAAGAUUGCCACCUUUCUGCUUGCUGCACGGAACGCGUGACAUCAUAGUUCCGGUGGCAUCUUCCCAGCGGUUCUCUGAGCUGCUCACCUCCCUUUCGAUCAAGGUGUCCCUGUACCUCAUGCCUAAAAUGGACCACACCGAGAUUGUCACCGAUCUCAUGGCGACAGACAGGCACUUCUACAACACAGUGUACAGCUGCAUCAAACAGGAGUACAGCAAGUUCAUAGGUCAGGUCUGUCACUGCUGAGCGUUCUUCUAGACCGGUCUUCUGCACAACAAGGAAACUAACUUAACUUCAAUACAUUAUCCAUUCAAUCAUUCAUGAUGUGCCACAAUUCUUCGUUUACAUCUUUUUCAGUGCAUUAUUAUACCUUGAACUUACAGGAUUGAACCUUUUUGACUUAAAAACAUUUAGCAGUUUUAUCGCUCUGUUUUAAUCUCAGUAAUGAUUCCUCUUCUUCCUCUGGUGUUUUACUGUGUGAUUGAUGAUAGUUCCUGCGAUUGUAAACAGACUGAAUGAUAUUUAUGAUAGUUCCCUGAUCGUAAACAGACUGAAUGAUAUUUCUGAUAAUUCCCUGAUCAUAACAGACUGAAUGAUAUUUAUGAUAGUUCCCUGAUCGUAAACAGACUGAAUGAUAUUUCUGAUAAUUCCCUGAUCAUAACAGACUGAAUGAUAUUUAUGAUAGUUCCCUGAUCGUAAACAGACUGAGUGAUAUUUCUGAUAGUUCCCUGAUCGUAAACAGACUGAGUGAUAUUUCUGAUAGUUCCCUGAUCGUAAACAGACUGAGUGAUAUUUCUGAUAGUACCCUGAUCAUAACAGACUGAAUGAUAUUUCUGAUAAUUCCCUGAUCAUGACAGACUGAAUGAUAUUCAUGAUAAUUCCCUGAUCGUAAACAGACUGAAUGAUAUUUCUGAUAGUUCCCUGAUCGUAAACAGACUGAAUGAUAUUCAUGAUAGUACCCUGAUCAUAACAGACUGAAUGAUAUUUCUGAUAGUUCCCUGAUCGUAAACAGACUGAAUGAUAUUCAUGAUAGUUCCCUGAUCGUAAACAGACUGAAUGAUAUUCAUGGUAGUUCCCUGAUCAUAACAGACUGAAUGAUAUUCAUGAUAAUUCCCUGAUCAUAACAGACUGAAUGAUAUUCAUGAUAGUACCCUGAUCAUAACAGACUGAAUGAUAUUUAUGAUAAUUCCCUGAUCAUAACAGACUGAAUGAUAUUUCUGAUAGUUCCCUGAUCGUAAACAGACUGAAUGAUAUUCAUGAUAGUACCCUGAUCAUAACAGACUGAAUGAUAUUUCUGAUAGUUCCCUGAUCAUAACAGACUGAAUGAUAUUUCUGAUAAUUCCCUGAUCAUAACAGACUGAAUGAUGUUUCUGAUAAUUCCCUGAUCAUAACAGACUGAAUGAUAUUCAUGAUAAUUCCCUGAUCGUAAACAGACUGAAUGAUAUUUCUGAUAGUUCCCUGAUCGUAAACAGACUGAAUGAUAUUCAUGGUAGUUCCCUGAUCGUAAACAGACUGAAUGAUAUUCAUGAUAGUUCCCUGAUCGUAAACAGACUGAAUGAUAUUCAUGAUAGUUCCCUGAUCGUAAACAGACUGAAUGAUAUUCAUGAUAGUUCCCUGAUCGUAAACAGACUGAAUGAUAUUUCUGAUAGUUCCCUGAUCGUAAACAGACUGAAUGAUAUUCAUGGUAGUUCCCUGAUCGUAAACAGACUGAAUGAUAUUCAUGAUAGUUCCCUGAUCGUAAACAGACUGAAUGAUAUUCAUGGUAGUUCCCUGAUCAUAACAGACUGAAUGAUAUUCAUGAUAAUUCCCUGAUCAUAACAGACUGAAUGAUAUUCAUGAUAGUACCCUGAUCAUAACAGACUGAAUGAUAUUUAUGAUAAUUCCCUGAUCAUAACAGACUGAAUGAUAUUCAUGAUAAUUCCCUGAUCGUAAACAGACUGAAUGAUAUUUCUGAUAGUUCCCUGAUCGUAAACAGACUGAAUGAUAUUUCUGAUAGUUCCCUGAUCGUAAACAGACUGAAUGAUAUUCAUGAUAAUUCCCUGAUCGUAAACAGACUGAAUGAUAUUCAUGAUAAUUCCCUGAUCGUAAACAGACUGAAUGAUAUUUAUGAUAAUUCCCUGAUCGUAAACAGACUGAAUGAUAUUUUAAUAUAAUAGCUGCUGGAUCUGAUGAAGGAGAGAUACCAGGCAAACUAAACAUGCAUUUGACAUAUUUGACCUACAGUAAGUCUGGUGUAUGAGAAUAUUGGUUUAUCUAGGAUGCCUGUGAGCUAUCCUAGAGGGCCCAGUAUACAGUAUAUCCAGACUCAGCCUUUAUAGAAAUAUCGUUAUAUGACGUAUCCAUGAUUUCCAAUUCGGAGUCGUACUGUCAACGUCUACCGUCAACGUCUACCGUCAACGUCUACCGUCAACGUCCCAUCCAUUUUCAUGGACAGAAAAGUUUCAGAUGAGUUUAACUUUUUGAUUGGUCGAUGGAGACGUUGGCCAAUCAGACACACUCUGCACGGACCAAAAUAAAUCCCUUCUAAUUCUGUUUCCGUUCUCCACGGAUCAGUUUGGCCACGCCCUUAUAUAGCCAGUAUUAUGUGUACCAUGUGGAACCCUAAAUGGCACCCUAAUUCCCUACUUGGUGCACUACAUUUGAUCAGAGUCCUAUGGGCAGUGCACUACAUAGGGAAUAGGGUACGGUUGGGACAGAGACUGAUAGCAGUUCUAUUGUAUAUUUUCUACUGAUAACCUGCUGCAUUAAUAUGGUCAAACCAGGGCACAUCAAAUCAAAUCAAAUGUAUUUAUAUAGCCCUUCGUACAUCAGCUGAUAUCUCAAAGUGCUGUACAGAAACCCAGCCUAAAACCCCCAAACAGCAAGCAAUGCAGGUGUAGAAGCACGGUGGCUAGGAAAAACUCCCUAGAAAGGCAGGAACCUAGGAAGGACAUUACAUUAUCUUGUUUAUGGUCAACCCAGGAGAACAUUACAUUAUCUUGCUUAAUUAAAUGUUAGGACAUCAACUAUAUAGGACAUCUGAUUAAAAUGCAUUCAGUACAUUGUUCUACAGCGUUUGGGGUCAAUUCCAUUUCAAUUCAGGAAGUAAACCAUUCAAAAGGAUUGAUGGAAGGUCAUUGGAAUUUCAGGGUACUUCCUGGAUUGACCCAAAAAACCUUGUUACUGUAUUUAACAUGUUGAAUAUCUGCUGUUAAUAGUUAUGCAUAUUGAUUCAAUAAAAAAUAUUAACACGUGUAAAA